AUGGCUUCCGAACACCUUCCGAUUGACCUUGAGAGACCUUCUCUCUUUGAUGGCCAGGGAUUCUUUGCUGGGGAAUGGAGACAAGCGGCCUCAGGGAAAACUUUUCCAGUUAUUGAACCUUCCUCUGAAGAGACUCUGGCCCACUGCUCCAACUUCGCUGAAGCAGACUUUGUAGAGGCUAUCGAGAAGGCCGAUCAAGGAUAUCGGGAAUAUUUCUUCAAUACUACUGCAAAGCAAAGAAGUUUGCUUCUUCGAAAAUGGUAUGAAAUUAUCAUCAAGAACGUCAACGAUCUUGCAAAAAUACUUUCUCUCGAGAAUGGCAAAACGUUGGCAGAAGCCAAGGGUGAGGUGAUCUACGCAGCGUCCUUCGUUGCGUGGUUUGCUGAAGAGGCCGUCCGAUCAUAUGGGGACGUCAUUCCAUCAUCGUAUCCGAACGCGAAUGUCUUGACGUUCAGGGAACCAGUCGGUGUUUGUGGCAUCAUUACACCGUGGAACUUCCCUGCUGCCAUGAUUACAAGGAAGGUCGCUCCAGCCUUUGCAGCGGGCUGCUCUGUGGUCAUCAAACCACCGAGUGAAACCCCCUUCACUGCCAUCGCAUUGGUGAAGCUUGCGCUACAAGCGGGGUUUCCACCAAAUAUCAUCCAUAUCGUCCCAACAAAAGACCGCAAUGCAUCAUUACAGCUGGCGACACAUCCGCUGGUAAAGAAGAUCAGCUUCACCGGUUCAACAAGUGUCGGGAAAAUGCUCACACAGCUCGCUGCAGGAACAAUGAAGCGAAUCAGCAUGGAACUGGGUGGAAAUGCACCUUUCAUUGUUUUCGAAGAUGCAGACCUCGACAAAGCAGUAGAAGGGGCCUUGAUCUGCAAGUUUCGUUCUUCUGGUCAAACAUGCGUUUGUGCAAACCGGCUUUACGUGCAUGAAGAUGUUCUGGAGGAAUUUAGUCAACGUUUAAUCCGACGAGUGCAAUCGUUCAAACUGGGGCGGGGAAUAGAUGAGGGUGUGACUCAUGGUCCGCUCGUCAAUUCCGCCGCUGUGGAAAAGGUUAGAAGCCAUGUCCAAGAUGCUAUUGAGAAAGGAGGUCAGCUUCGCUGCGGCGGUAAUGUGCCCGCUGGUGUUUCCUCUGGGUACUUUUACGAACCUACUAUUAUCACUCACGCUAACAACAAAAUGCUUCUUGCGUCGGAUGAGACUUUUGGACCCCUCGCUGCUAUUUUCUCUUUCUCGACUGAGGAGGAUGUCCUUGCCGCGGCCAAUGAUACUGAGUUCGGCUUGGCUGGAUAUUUCUUUAGUGACAACAUCAAUCGGGUCCUUCGUGUUGCGCAACGACUAGAAUGUGGUAUGAUUGGGGUUAACACGGGAUUGAUUAGCGCAUCUGAGACACCCUUUGGGGGUGUGAAGGAAAGCGGUAUUGGACGAGAGAGGAAGCAAAUACGGGCUUGGGGAGUACCAAAACAUCAAAGCAGUGACCAUUGGAGCUUAAUCUGUUUACUCCUGUUGACCUGUUUUCGUCAUCUUUGGAAGCCUUAG